AGGCGGCGGGGCCUGAGGCGGGCGAGGGCGGGGCUUGGCCCGGGCGGGUAACGGGCUCUGCUCCCUCGCGCUAGGCCGCGCGGCCGGGCCGCGAUGUUCCACCCGCUGCAGCGGAGGCCGCCCGCCAGCAUCUAUUCGUACUGCGCCCGCUCGGCCCACUGGGGCGCCCGGCCGGGGCCCGCGCAGGCCCUGCGGAGCCGCUACCAGUGGCUGCUGGGCUGGCUCCGGAGGGAGCCCGAGACAUGCCCCGGCCCGCGGAGCCUCCUGUCCCUCCUGGCCAGCCAGUGCAGCUACGUGACCGGCCAGCGGGUGCGGCGGGCCCAGCAGACCGGGCAGCUCUACGGCGACAUCUACUCGGAGCGGGCGCGCUGGAGCCUCUUCCGCUGCCUGUGGCGCCGCUUCCAGGCCCGCCACGCCGGCGCCUGCAAGCUGAUGGCGGCCCUGGCCGGCGUCUUCCUGUGGGAAGAGGAGCGGAUCCAGGAGGAGGAGUUGCGAAGGUCUGCAGAGGAGAUGAAGCACAUGGAGGAAGUCUCCAGGCUGUUCCAUGGCAGCGGGGGAGAGCACCAGAAGCUGGUUUCCAAAGCCCAUGUUGAUAUAACAGCCACUCGCGAGGAGCACCCCUGGGAGAUGGUGAUGGACAAGAAGCACUUCAAGCUAUGGAGGCGUCCGAUACAAGGGACCCACCUGUAUCAGUACAGAGUCUUUGGGACGUAUACAGAUGUGACUCCCAGGCAGUUCUUCAAUGUGCAGCUGGACACAGAGUACAGGAAGAAAUGGGAUUCACUGGUCAUCAAACUGGAUGUGAUUGAGAGAGACCUAUCCACUGGCUCAGAGGUGGUUCACUGGGUUACUCACUUCCCGUACCCGAUGUAUUCACGGGACUAUGUGUAUGUUCGGCGGUACAACGUGGACCAGGAAAACAAUCUGAUGGUGCUGGUGUCACGAGCAGUGGAUCACCCAGGUGUCCCAGAAGAUCCUGAGUUUGUGCGGGUUCGAACCUAUGAAUCCCAGAUGGUUAUCCGACCACACAAGACAUUCGAUGAGAACGGCUUUGAUUACCUGCUGACGUACAGCGACAAUCCACAGACAGUGUUCCCGCGCUACUGUGUCAGCUGGAUGGUCUCUAGUGGCAUGCCAGACUUCCUGGAGAAGCUGCACACAGCGGCUCUGAAAGCGAAGCGGAUGGAGAUUGAAGUGCGGGACUACAUCUCUGCCAAACCCAUUGAGAGUGGCAGCAGCGGCGAGGGGAAGGCGAGCAUGCCCGGUGCAGAGCACAAGAACGAAGACACCCACAGCCCUGCGCAGCUUGAGUACGCCUAAGGGCUGGCUGUGCCACCUGAGUCAGCACCCUAGCCUCUGCUCCUGGAUCCACGGAGCAGGGCUGAUGGGGAGCUAUGACGUCAGUGUAGCCCCUGGAGCUUAGUUCAGCUGUUCUCCUUUUGUCUCCAAACCCCUCCUCACCUCUGUCUUCUGCAGCAUGUGGGGAGAGGGGUCUCUCCUCUGUGUGAGCCUUGUUCCUAGCGAGGCCUGGCCAUUGAAACACAAUGUUGUGUAAUAUCCUCUCUGUGCUGGUGUUUUGUCCUGGUGAGGGGAUGCCCUAGAAAAACACCUGGUGUCUGUCACAGUAUGGACAACAUGUCUCUCCCUCCUUCCCCUCCCCUUUGAGCUCGUGUUGGGCACAGAUGCCACUGGCUCCUGAAGCUCCAGGGCAGUUCAGCUCUGCAGCGCUGGGGGUGGGUCUAGGGAAGCUUAGGGGUGUGCUGGUCUGCAGCCAGCCCCAAACACGAUACGCGGGUGGGGCAGGAGGAUGGGAUCUGUGCUCAGCAGCACCGGGGCUGUGGCACUGUGUGUGUACUGCAGUUUGCCUCUGCCACAUGAGGGGAGUGUUCCUCUGUUGUCCAAGUGCCUUUCCCCCGCAGCUGCCCUGGCCUCAGCUGGAAGCGGAGAGCCAUGCCUGGCAGGGGUUGUGGCUGUACUCAGCACUGCCCACUGGAACAGGCUGAUGCCUCCUGGGGAACCAGCACCGCGGCACCUGUCGCCAUAUUUUUCCUGUGGUUUCCUGGUGGGAAGAAUGAAGGACUCUUGGCGGCAUUACUGCCUGUAGCUCUGCAGGCUGGCGUGGGAGAGGGACUUGGUAUCACUUGGGCAGGGAGUAUGGAUUAGGAGGCCUGGUUCAGCUUCCUUCUUUCCUCAGUGGCUUUUUAUUUUGAUUUUUCCCUGGGAGGGCACAGCUCCUGCUGCCUGUGAAUGCCCAUGCCACCAUAACUAACAAGGGAACAGAAAACUGCCCGCAGCUGCCUCUUGUGGUGAGUUAGCUGCACCUCUGUCUUGUAGGAUCAGAGACACUCCUGCAAUCAUGGCUGCUACCCAGCUUCCCUUGCGUUGGGAGAGGAGGUACCUCCCAGGCAUACCAAUGAGGGGAAGCUGUCAGGAUGCAGCCAGGGUGAGGGUCACUGGCAGCAUUUGCUUUGGUAGGGAGGGGUCUGGAGCAAUCUAGGAGUAAACAAAUAAGUUCUUGUAGCAAUGACCGAACUGCAUAUUGGGUCAUGCUAAUUGCAUGUGUUCACCCCAGAGGUUCCUGUUCUGCACUGUAGUCCCGGUUUGGAUCUAGAGGAGAGACCAAGAGCUCUCCCUGUCCUGUGUAUUUCCUGUUACCCAGAAUGUACUAGCCAGUGUGUUUCAGCCUGGUUCUCCUUGUGAUAGCAGAGUUAGUCCAGUCCCCGGGGGAGCAGGGGGGAGCACACAGUCCAAAUGCUCUUCCACAGGGCUGAAGUCUCAUUCUUGAACAGCCCUAACUGCACCAUCGCAGGGAAGGACUCCAUGAAUUCUCCUGUGCUGUAGGGAACUGCUGCUCCUGGCGCUUGCCUGGUGGGGCUCACCUCUCAGUGCAGGGAGCUGGGGCAUUAGGGCAUUCUGCCACCUCCUCUUCGGGGUAUACCUGGUCCCAGCAGAAACUGAAUUCUGUGCUGAUAGCCCCCAGUGAUCAGGUACCCCGACCCCACUCCUUUUCUUAUAACAUGCGGUUUGAAGUCCCAUGUAGGACAGACAGCAUGAGCCUGGUGGGCUCCAACGAACAGAUCCUGCUGUGGUGCCAGAAAGCAACUUUCCACCUCCCCUUUUCUUCAAGGGCCUGGCUACCGUAUGGUACAGUGAGUGAGUGGGAGGGGGCUCGACCCUCAUCGGAGUGCAAUUGAGGGGGGCUGCUUUGGAGGCCUCCUGGCCUCUCAGUUCCUGUUUGUGGCCAUUGGGGUCCAUUAACAUAGCCACUCUGGAUUUGUUACUUCACUCAAACCUGGCAUUUCUAUGAAAACGGAUGUGUGAAUAAACUUAUACUGGUACAAACCCUAA